AUGCUGCUGCGGUACCUCGUACCGCUGCUCCUCGCGGCGGCCGCUGCCACCACCACCGCGACCGCCACUUUUGUGCUCGAGGAGGCCACCAUCGAGUCCAUCCACCGCGCCUUUGCCGACGGCGCGCUCACCUCGCGCGGCCUCCUCGAGCUCUACCUGCGCCGCAUCGCGUCCCUCGACCCGGCCCUCCACGCCGUCGUAGAGCUGGACGCUGACGGCGCGCUCGCCGCCGCCGACCGCGCCGAUGCCGCUCGCCUCCUCGGAGGCGCCGCGCUCCCGCCGCUCCACAGCAUUCCCGUGCUCAUCAAGGACAACAUCGUUGCGGCCGGCGCCUCGAACGCGACGGCCGGGUCGCUCGCGCUGGUCGGGUCCCGCCCCGCGCGCGACGCCGGUGUGGUGGAGUGGCUCCGGCGCGCCGGCGCGGUGAUCCUCGGCACCGCCAGCCUCAGCGAGUGGUGUAACUUUCGCGCCCCCGGCGUCCCAGCCGGCUGA